UAAUAGAUGCUGUCUUUCUCUUCUGCAUAUCGAGUGGUUGUCAGAGCACUCGGGCUAAAAAAACACGAAAUAUACUCAACUGUGAUCGAGCCGACUGUGAUUGAGUCUCGAGUGCUUCAAGUUUUCCUCGUAUUUUACUGUUGGGCCUGUGACAAUCACGAGAAAGUGACUCUCCCGAGUUUAUCAAGCUCCACGUGGAAUUGAUCAAAAAAUCCCCUGACAUUUUUACGUCAGACUGAAUUCCCUUCAUCACCCGAGGAACUCCCUUCUGGUGUCAUAAGAAUUCUCUCCCACGGAAUUCUGAAUUUGUCGUGAAUAACCAUCUCGGAGGCUCAAUUCUUCUUUUGCCCAAUCAGUGGUAUUUCAUCAUCACGGAAAAUUCGGGGAACGAAAUUGGGGAGUCAUCGUCACUCCCCGUGAUCGUCGAAGCCUCUUCAUCACGUUUAGAGGUCCAGGUGCCCUCGAAAUAACGAUCCGUAGAUCGUCCGGGGAUCAGGGAAUUUCAGGUGAAGAUUCUUGAGAUAACUUUGGGUGGUGAAUAGCCAUCGUGAAGUUGAUGAAACUGUCACGAGCUACAUUUCCAUGGCGGAUCAACGUGACAAUGGCCAAUUACUCGCCCAAGAUAAUGACAAUAAUGGCGAAAAUCAGGUGGUGAACGAUGGCGACACUUUAGCCCGUCCAAACAACCAGCCCAGCCGCUGGGAGUCGUUCUUCGCAGUGGCAAAGUCGCUCAUAAUAAGGUCCCUGAUAAUCUACUUCGUCACCUCGUUCUUCAGACGUUCCCCAGCGGAUUCGACCUCAUCUAACCUCGGAGUGUCCUCCCCAGGAGCUCGACUCCCCGCAGUAAAUCUCUUUGAGAACGGAACAGCCUUCGACCUCUGGGUGUUCCUCUCGGAGUCCGAGCACUUCAGCUCCCAGGACGAUCAUGCGUUGGAUCAUCUCGUUUGGCACGAAAGGAAUCUCAUCUACGGGGACUGGUAUUCAGGCCCCAGUAGCGAUGGCAUCCGAACGAUGGACUACACAUUCGAACCCUCAAAAGGACUCCUCAACAAUGGAUCGAUCUACAUUCACGUCUACGCGACCAAGAGAAAAUCUUCUGAGACGAUAGAUGAAAGCAGCGAUUUUCGUGGCAACAACAACACCUACUGUUACACGAAGAGAAUGCUCAACAAGUUUAAGAAAAUUCGGUACCUGAAGAGGCACAAUCUGCUGACCGGCGAGACGACAGCAACAGCUGAGGAGAUAAAAAAAGCUGAGAUAAUGGACCAGGAGAUUGUUUCCCACUGGCAUCCUAACCUCACUAUCAAUCUCGUAACUGAUCAGACCAACUGGGUUCACGGACACGUGCCUCCACCACUGGACGAAUCCAUCCAAUUCAUCAAGGGAGGCAGUGCCUACAAGCCCGUUAUCCAUCUCAAUGACUUCUGGAACAUGCAGAGGGAUUAUCAACCUCUGAAUGAUACUGUCAAGACGUUGGAGCUUCAUCUCACUUAUCAGCCACUGUCGCUCUUCAAGUGGCAAAUUUACUCCGCCCAGUCCAUGAGGAACAAGUGGACCUCCUCGCUGAUUGGGGAUUCUGCUGAUGAGGAGGACAGUGAUCAGGAUACAUUGAAGGAAACCAUUUUGGAGACGAAUCCCGUGUUACUGGGGAUGACCAUUUUUGUGUCUAUUCUGCAUAGUAUUUUUGAAUUCCUGGCGUUUAAAAAUGAUAUUCAAUUUUGGAACAACCGGAAAUCUCUGGAAGGGCUAUCAGUCCGAUCAGUCUUCUUCAACGUCUUUCAAUCGCUAGUAGUGCUUCUAUACGUCUUAGAUAACGAAACAAAUACCCUAGUUCGUAUAAGCUGUGGGAUAGGUCUGUGCAUCGAGAUAUGGAAGAUAAAUAAGGUAGUUGACAUAAGCAUUGACCGAUCGCGUCCCAAGUUGAUGGGAGUAGUUCCAUGUGUGACAUUCCGCGACAAAGGUUCGUACGUCGAGUCUUCCACUAAAGAAUAUGACAGAUUAGCAUUUAAAUAUCUGUCCUGGGCACUUUAUCCACUUCUCGGUGGUUAUGCCAUUUACUCACUCAUGUAUUUGGAGCAUAAAGGCUGGUACUCAUGGGUUUUAAACAUGCUUUAUGGGUUUUUACUGACGUUUGGAUUUAUCAUGAUGACACCACAGCUAUUUAUUAAUUACAAACUCAAGAGUGUUGCACAUCUGCCAUGGAGAAUGAUGUCCUACAAAUUCUUGAAUACAUUUAUCGACGAUAUAUUCGCUUUUGUCAUUAAAAUGCCGACACUUUAUCGACUCGGCUGUUUCCGCGAUGAUAUUGUGUUCUUUAUAUUUUUGUAUCAACGCUGGAUAUACAAAACUGAUCACUCGAGGGUCAAUGAGUUCGGAUACUCGGGAGAAAUGGAGGCUCAGGCCUCCCAGGACAAGACAAAGAAAUCUGUUGAUAAUGGAGGGGGCAGUGGCCCUGCUAAAGCUAUCGAAGGCAGCAAGAAGGACGAUUAAUUUUGAGUGAGCGAAUUUCAUUAUAAAUAAAUUUCUCCUAAUUUCAUGUAGAUGAAUUUGUUAUAUUCGUAUUGUAAUUAUGCUAUUAAGUUAAUUAUUUGGAAUGUGAAUGAGGUUAACUGUACCAAAGUACAAAAAGAACUGUCGUAAUAUAGAAUUUGCUGUUCACCUCA